AUGGACCUAGAAACCCGCACCAAAAUCGAAGAGGCAGUUUUGGGAAUCCUGACGAAUUCGAAUAUGGAUGAGACAACAGAGUACAAGAUCCGGAAAUCAGCAUCCGAGAAGCUGGGCAUGGACCUCUCCGAACCCACCCGGAAGAAAUUCGUCAGGGAGAUCGUCGAAGCCUACCUUAGGGCACAACAGGCCGAGGCAGAGGAAGAGGAACCCAAAGAGGAGGAUAACAACGAUAAUAAAGGCGGUAGAGAGUAUGACGAUGAGGGCGGGCUCAUUAUUUGCCGCUUAUCGGAUAAGAGAAGGGUGACGUUAUCGGAGUUCAGGGGGAAGACUUUGAUAUCAAUUAGGGAGUAUUACAAGAGAGAUGGCAAAGAGCUUCCAACAGCCAAAGGUAUAAGUUUGUCAACUGAACAAUGGAUGUCAUUCAGGAAGAAUGUGCCCGAAAUCGAGAAGGCCAUCAAGAAAAUGGAAUCUAGGUUAGCCCUUCAUCUUUUUAGCCUAUACAGCCGUAGGAGAUGCUCGUUCACUGUUUCCCGGUGGCAUGUGGGGCCAAGCGCCCCGGUGCUCGUCGGGGACCUGUCAUUCGGGACCUGUGAGUCCAACACGCAUCGGAAGAAGCGGAGGGCUCACACCAACCACAUUACCAUCGAGUUGUGGAUAGACAAAGUAAUUAACGGCACACCUUCUGCACUUCCCAUCAAUUCGCUCACCUCCAAAGGCGGCAAAAACCCGUUCUUUCUAUCGGAAACCGACGCCGUGGACAUGGCAGAGCCAUUAGCGCAGUUGACACGAGGCUCAUCUUCUUGUUAG